AUGGUCACUAUCACCGAAGGAGUUGAAUUCGAUACUGUUGCCCGUGAAUGGCGCUGCAAGUGGUCUCCUGACGCUGACAAGAAGUCCCUUCAAGAAGCACAAAAGCUUCUUAACGACGUCUUGAAGGACAUCAAGGCUGUGGACGGAGUGAAGGAUGUCCAACGCGUUGUCUGCGGUGGCUGCAUGGAUUUCAAGGUCAUUACAUCUUUACCAGCAGACAAGUUCGGAGAUUGGGAGGCUGCCAAGUUUGCUCCUGAGGAAAAGUUCCUUGAAAAGCUCAAGGCAAUCGACGGCGUCAGUCUAGUGGAGACUCAAACCUUCACUUUGAUGCCCAUGUAA